AUGAAGGAGUUGGUUGAUUUGAUUGAUAUUGAAAAUGAUGACGGCGAUAUUGAUAUUCGUGAUGGGCAAAAUCCUUCUGAACUGUAUAAUGACGAUGAAUUCAAGAGACGCUAUCGUUUUAGAAAGGAUUGCAUUUUGUAUGAAGUAUUACCAAAAAUAGAAGAAGGACUUGCAAGAAUUAAUAAUAGUGGUUUACCUAUUUCACCUGUGAUGCAGCUAUUAAUCUGUUUGUGAUAUUACUCUACGGCAAGUUUUCAGCUUCUGCUUGGUGAUACAAUGACCGUCCCACAAACAACUAUAUCACGAGUAGUUCUUCGUGUCAGUUUAUUGCUUGCCAGUUUGAUCAAUGACUACAUAAAAACGCCAAGAGAUCCAGAAGCACAUAUUGAAAAUCAGCGGUUAUUUAAUAAUCUUGGAAAAAGAAAUGGAGCUAUUGAUUUACCAGGUGUGGACGGAGCUAUUGAUUGCACUCACAUAAGAUUAACAUCAACAAAAUUCCAAAAUAUGGAAGAAAUUUAUCGAAACAGAAAAGGAUACUUUUUGCUCAAUGUACAAGCUGUCGUUGGUCCUUGAAUGGAAUUUUUGGAUAUUGUACCAGAAUGGCCUAGCAGUGCACAUGACAGUCGAAUAUUCCGAAACUCUCGAUUAUAUAUGCGAUGCAUGAAAAGAGAAUUCGAUGGAAUGUUCGUCGGAGAUUCAGGAUAUCCAUGUUUACCUUUUCUUAUGACACCACCGAGAAAUCCCGAGUCAUUUUACAAUUGUACGUAUAAUGACAUACAGAUCAGAACUCGACUAAUAAUGGAGAGGACUUUUGGUGUAUGGAAACGACGUUUUCCGUGUUUAUCCUGAGAUCUAACGACAAAACUUAUUUGUUCUACGAUAACAGUAGUAGCCUGUGAAGUAUUACAUAAUUUGGCUUUAAUUUUUAAUGAUAUUUUACCUGAAGAGGAUGAGCUUGAAGAUAAUGAUGAAGAAAUACCUCUACCGAAUGUGCGUGAUUUUGAUGGUGUUGAUGGAUUUGCUGCUCGUGAAGCACUAAUUGUUCGCAUGUUCAAUUGA